AUGAAAGAACCACUGAUGGUGACGCUAGAGAUAGAAUUCAAAAGGUUUCUCGCGAAAGGUUCGUUCGGCUCCGUAAGCCUCUUCAAGUACUCGGAACCGCACCGGAAGCACUACACGGCGGUGAAGACUUCCGACUAUAACAACGCCGUGAAUCUCUACCAAGAGUUUCAGAUCCUGUCCCAAUUCAAGGGCUGUUCGAGAAUCGUCCAAUGCUACGAGAACAGGGUGAUCGAGCAGCUUGACGGCGAGGGCGGCAAAGACUACAUGAUGCUUAUGGAGUACGCAUCUGAAGGAAGCUUGAGCAAUUUCAUGAACAGAUUCAAAGACAGGAUCUUGCCUGAGUCUUUGAUCAAAGAUUUCACUCGUAUGCUUCUCGAAGGGUUAGCCACCGUUCACGAGCGCGGCUACGUCCACUGCGAUCUCAAACCGGAGAACAUCCUCGUUUUCCCGACCAGUGUCUGCAAGAAGAACGGCGAGUGGGAAACGACUUACCAACUAAAGAUCUCUGAUUUCGGGUUGUCGAAAAGAGACGGAGACAGUAGCUGGUGGGAGCCUCACCUUCCCUUCGCCGGAACACCGGUCUAUAUGUCUCCGGAAUCGAUCUCUCACGGCGAGACAGGGAAAGCCCUUGAUCUGUGGUCGUUGGGUUGUGUGGUCUUGGAGAUGUUCACGGGAAAGAGUCCAUGGUGGCAUACAAACUACGACGUGACCGAUCUCGUGAACUGCUACGAGCCGUUGAUUCCAAGCGACCUUCCUUGCGACGCAAAGCUAUUCAUUAUGACUUGCUUUGCUUUGGAGACACGAGACAGAAAAGACGCCACAACACUGUUGCGGCAUAGCUUCUUGCGUGGAGAAGAUGAGUCUCCUCUGGCGAAGGAUAAGAAGAGUUGGGACGAACUGGUGAAAAUUGCACAGAGGUUCACAAAGGCUGUAUCUGUCUCAGAGAGACCCCAAGAAUCGAAGAAGAUCGUCAAGGAGCAGCGAAGACCUAAUUUGAACCUUCUCGUAACUUUUGGAGAAGUGAUUGUAAGUCAAGAGCCGUAUGUUUCUGUUCCGAACAAUAACUCCUCAGAAUCAAGGUGUGAUGGAUGUUUCACGCUCAAUCACCUGAAGAAAUGUUCUGCUUGUCAAGUGGUUUGGUACUGUGGGAGCUCGUGCCAGAAAUCAGAGUGGAAGCUGCAUCGCCAUGAAUGCAAAGCUCUCUCUAGGCUUGACAAGUUGAAACGGAAGUUAGUCACUCCUACGAUACGUCUUAUGGUGAAACUCUACCUCAAGAGAAACUUACAAAGUGAAAAGGUCAUACCAAUCACGACGACAGACAAUUACAGUUUGGUGGAGGCUUUGGUGUCCCACAUGUCUGAGCUUGAUGAAAAGCAGCUGAUGUUGUAUGCACAGAUGGCUAAUCUUGUGAACUUGAUCCUUCAGUUUUCAAGUAUUGAUCUCAAAGAGAUUGCCGAAAACUUUUCAAAGUUCUCAUGCAAUGCUCAUAGCAUUUGUGAUAGCGAAUUGAGACCUCAGGGGAUAGGAUUGUUUCCGUUGGUUUCCAUCAUUAAUCACAGCUGCUCUCCCAAUGCGAUUUUAGUGUUCGAGGAACAGAAGGCUGUUGUUCGAGCUAUGGAGAACAUAUCGAAGGAUUCGGAGGUAACUAUCAGCUAUAUUGAAACAGCUGGAAGCACUAUGACUCGGCAGAAGUCUCUGAAAGAACAAUACCUCUUCCACUGUAAAUGCGCCCGAUGCAGCAACAUUGGAAAACCUCAUGAUAUUGAAGAAAGUGCAAUAUUGGAAGGCUAUCGGUGUGCCAAUGAGACCUGCACUGGUUUCUUACUCCGUGAUCCUGAUGAAAAAGGCUUUCUUUGCCAGAAAUGCACCCGUCUUAGGAGCAAGGAAGAGGUUAGAAAGUUGGCGGGUGAUGUGAAAACAGUUUCAGAGAAGGCUCCUGCAUCUCCUUCCGUAGAAAAUAGACAAGACGAUAUUGCACUAUAUAAGACAAUAGAGAAACUACAGGAUAAGCUUUACCAUUCUUUCUCCAUCACUUUAAUGAGAACCCGUGAAAAACUUCUCAAGAUGCUAAUGGAAGUAGAAAGCUGGAGAGAAGCUUUGUAUUACUGCAGACUAAUAGUCCCUGUUUACCAAAGAGUGUAUCCAGCAAGCCAUCCCUUGAUUGGACUGCAGUUGUAUACCCAGGGAAAACUCGAAUGGUUGCUAGGGGAAACCGAAGAGGCCGUGAGUUCACUGGUUAAGGCAUUCCACAUUCUGCGUGUGAGCCACGGAACAAGCACACCUUUCAUGAAAGAGCUGUCCGCAAAGUUGGAUGAAGCUCGUGCAGAAGCUUCUUAUAAGCUGCGUGCAUCGACAUAUGACAACUAACAAGUUCGUUCUUACUCUUUUCCUCAUGAAUCACUUCUUUUACUCUCUGCAAAUCUUGAAUUGUCUUUUGACUUUGUGACUAAUAUUUUAUAAAAAUGAUUUAUAUCACUAGUAUUCGAGUUUUACUAGUUUUUUUUUGUGUUGUUAUUUAACCAAAGUUUCGAUAACUUCAUUUUAAUGACAUUAGUUUUAUUUAUAUUAUUAUU